AAAAAAGCAAGCAAACAAACAUGGCAUUGCCUGACGGGAUAACCUCUAGUAAAGGGCUACUGGAGGCUCAAGCCCAGAUUUGGAAUCACACCCUAUGCUUCAUAAACUCAAUGUCCUUAAAAUGCGCGGUCGAACUCGGCAUCCCCGACAUCAUCCACAAACACGACGGCCCCAUCACAAUCUCCCAACUAACCGACUCCCUUAAAAUCAACGGCUCGAGAUCCACCAGCUUACGGCGCCUCGUGCGCCUGCUGGUCAACUCCCGGCUGCUGACCAAAGUCAAAAUCACCGACACGGAGGAUGGCUACUGCCUGACUCCGGCCUCCCGCCUCCUCGUGAAAAACGAGCCCCUGAGCCUGGCCCCGUUUGUGCACGUGAUGCUCAGCCACGUCCUAACCGACCCGUGGCACUGCCUCAGCCAGUGGUUCUCGAACGACGACCCCACGCCCCUGGAGACGACCAAUGGUGUAACGCUUUGGGAUAUUGCCGCUAAAGAGCCGGGGGUAAAUCGAUCUUUUAACAAGGGGAUGGCGAGCGAUGCAGGGCUGGUGGCUAAUGUGGUCGUUAGGGAGUGCGGGCACGUUUUUCGGGGGUUGGGGUCACUGGUGGAUGUAGGCGGCGGCACGGGGGCUAUGGCUGAGGCUAUAGCGGAUGCCUUCCCGGGCUUGAAGUGCAGCGUGCUCGAUCUUCCGCAUGUGGUGGAUGGGUUGGAAGGGACUCCAAAUUUGAGCUUUGUUAGUGGGGAUAUGUUUGAGUCUAUUCCUCCAGCUGAUGCAGUGCUCAUGAAGUGGGUGAUGCACGACUGGGGGGACGAGGAUUGUAUUAAAAUACUAAAGAGAUGCAAAGAAGCUAUCCCGAGUAGGGAGAAUGGAGGAAAGGUGAUAAUAGUGGAGAUUGUUGUGGAGGAGAAGAAAGGGAAUGAUGAGUCGAUGGCAGUGGAGACUCAGCUCCUUUUUGAUAUGGAGAUGAUGGCUGUGGUCGGGGGAAAGGAAAGAACAGAGAAAGAAUGGGCGAAGCUCUUUUACGAUGCCGGAUUCACGAGCUACGAGAUCAAUAUGCGUUUACUGGGACUCAGGUCGCUCAUCCAAUGGGUGAUGCACGACUGGGGGGACGUGGAUUGUAUUAAAAUACUAAAGAGAUGCAAAGAAGCUAUCCCGAGUAGGGAGAAUGGAGGAAAGGUGAUAAUAGUGGAGAUUGUUGUGGAGGAGAAGAAAGGGAAUGAUGAGUCGAUGGCAGUGGAGACUCAGCUCCUUUUUGAUAUGGAGAUGAUGGCUAUGCUCGGGGGAAAGGAAAGAACAGCUCAAGCCCACAUUUGGAAUCACACCCUAUGCUUCAUAACCUCAAUGUCUUUAAAAUGCGUCGUCGAGCUCGGCCUCCCCGACAUCAUCCACAAACACGACGGCCCCAUCACAAUCUCCCAACUAACCGACUCCCUCAACAUCAACGGCUCGAGAUCCACCUGCUUACGGCGCCUCGUGCGCCUGCUGGUCAAUUCCCGGCUGCUGACCAAAGUCAAAAUCACCGACACGGAGGAUGGCUACUGCCUGACCCCGGCCUCCCGCCUCCUCGUGAAAAACGAGCCCCUGAGCCUGGCCCCGUUUGUGCACAUGACACUCAGCCAAUUCCUCACCGACCCGUGGCACCGCCUGAGCCAGUGGUUCGCGAACGACGACCCCACCCCCCUGGAGACGGCUUAUGGUGGAAUAUUUUGGGAUAUCGCCGCUAAAGAGCCGGGAGUAAAUCGGUCUUUUAACGAGGGGAUGGCGAGCGACGCGCGGCUGGCGGCCAACGUGAUCGUUAGAGAGUUCGGGCACGUUUUUCAAGGGUUGGGGUCAGUGGUGGAUGUGGCCGGUGGCACAGGGGCUAUGGCCGAGGCUUUAGUAGAUGCCUUCCCGGGAUUGAAAUGCAGCGUGCUUGAGCUUCCGCAUGUGGUGGAUGGGUUGGAAGGGAGUCACAAUUUGAGCUUUGUUGGUGGGGAUAUGUUUGAGUCUAUUCCUCCAGCUGAUGCAGUGCUCAUGAAG